UUUGAUCCAGCGCUUGUGAAGACUGAUUUUGCCAAUUAGCAUUAAAAGUCAAACCAAGUAAAGGUAGGAGGAACAUCUUGCCUAUGGAGAAGAGGGAGUUGUAGCAUCAUCAGAGAUAAAGCAGUGGUCCGUUGCUAGGAUACCAAACAGAAGCUUCCAGGUCUAACGGCUUCUCUGAGCAUCCUCAGUUGAUGAAGCCAUACUGAAGAAAGGGACAUUGCAGUUUGGUACAUCCUUGGGUUCAAGUAUCCACAAACAUUGAUUUCCGGAACGCAUACUUUGGGAACCAGAAAUGGAGACUGCAUAUCUCAAAAAAUGCCUAGGCAAAUGCUUAUCAGAGGGUCUUGCUGAAGUGGCAGAACGUCGUCCCAUUGACCCAAUACUGUAUCUGGCACACUGGAUUUACAAAUAUAAGAAGAACAUGAUUGAUGAACUACAGAGGAAAAUGGAAAGAGAAGAACUGGAGCGGGAACGCGAGGAGGCCCAAAAAGAAGUGGAGAUGUUAGAAAGAAUGAAAGAAGAAGAAAUUUUGAUUCAACAGAAACUUGAAGAAGAGAGGCAGGCACAAAUGGAACGAGAGCGCGAAGAACGUGAGAGGUUAGAAAGAGAGAGAGCAGAGGAGCUUAUCUUGGAGCAGAAACGGCAGGCAGAGUUGGAGGCAAAGUUAGCAGCUGAAAGAGAGGCAACAUCAAAGACCUUAGCUGAAUUAACAGAUAAAUAUGGUGCUCCUAAUUUGAGCAGAGUUGAUGAGAUUGAUGAAAUGGAACAAUCCGAGUAUGGCUUGACUACUGCGGGAGAGUCAGAGGAGGAAGAAGGAGAGGACGAAAUACUCUGAAAAAAAAUUCCCACCUCCUGCUUUUGAUUCUGGAAAUUUCAAGGAUUGCAAUAAAUGUGCAUAGUUCACUUCAAAGAAACCUACAGAUGUUUGUUUGUAACAGAUAACAGAGUUAAUAUACUUGGAUGGUAAAUUGACUCACUUAUUUAAAAAUAAAGAUGUUUGCAUAUGGGA